GCCCCGCCUCCCACGCUGUAUCCAGUUCUUAUUAUACAUCCAUGGAAACAACCCAUGUGCUCCAUAGACAGACAGAAACAGGAAACUACGGCAAGCAUUUAUGGACACCCAGUGCAAAACCCAAAACCCUUUGCAGACCCUCUUAAAGGGGCAGCACACUCCCCGCUUGGUAUAAUGUACCACUAAGUCCCUUUGAGAAGGAGAACAACUUCAGAGACUGGUCUUGAAUACACCCUGGGAGAACCUUCUUUAAUCACCCGUACUUCCACUUUACGGACCCUGUUGUCUUGACCAGGAAAGGUAUUUACUAUAAGUCUAGUAGGCUAUUCGUUCCUUUUGACCUGUCCGUCCUUCAGAAGCACAACGUCUCCGAUUUGCAAAGAUAGGCUUAUCUGCUUGCCAUUUUCUUCUUGGUUGUAGUGUUGCAAGGUAUUCUUGUCGCCAAUGUGGGACAGCUCUGGAGGACGGGCAGGAAGGCGGCGACGGGACAGUUCCGGAGGACGGGCAGGAGGGUGGCGUAGGCCGCGAUGGGACCCCUCCAGAGUCCGCUGGAUCGCCGGAGGUGCAGGAGUACUGGGAUCGGGAGACGACUACGCCAUGGAGCACCUGCAGCAGCUGCUCGACAAGGCCAAGGGCUCUGCAGGACGGCUGUUGAAGUUUUCUGUGUUUUAUCGCAACCAGCAUCCAGAAUACUUCGACUUUGUCAGAGGGGAAUGUGGAGGCCUGAUGCGUCCCGCCCUGAAAGACAUCAGUGGAAGUCAUGGAUCUCCUGUCAAUGGAAAACUGCAUGGAGUCUUUUUCAGCUGCAGCACAGAGUUUGAUACGGGCCUCCCUCCCAAAGACUCCCCGUACGGCCCGCAGCGUUUCCUGAUCCCAGCGGGACACCUGCUUAACCCCAACAUCUCCCUGUACUUUGCAGACUUCUACUGUAUGUACACAGCCUACCACUACGUAGUGCUGGUGCUGGCCCCUGUUGGCUCGGAGGGCGAUACUUUCUGUCGCUCCCGCCUCCCCAUGCUGGACUUGGCCUCCAACCCCUUCCUGACAUACACUGCCCCUCAGAGGCCGGGGGAGGAGCCUUUGUUCUGCCACGCCAUCGACGUCAUCCUGGAGGUGAUUUUCACUGAGCCAGUGUCUUUGGAUCAGGGCCACGUGGAGCAGAUCCGAGGGCACCACCAGCUCAUGAGUCUGACCACAGCCAACGCCAAGAAAGACCCGAGCUGCAAAGUGUGCAACAUCAGUGUGGGGCGCUGAGAGCUGGGAGUGUGUGAAACUACAAGAUUGAAAGACACAGUGUUGCACCAGACAAAAAACGGUGAAAGCAUCAAGUGUAGGUCAGAACACAGUGGAAACAGCCCACCUCUCGGGGUGCGUGCAUGCUACUGCCCCUCUUCCCCCCGCCUGGUAUAGAAUAGUGAGUAUUAAAUAGAAGAUUUUUACAAUGUGAUUUGCAGAACUUAAUCAUGAUCACAGCUGGAAAUAUAGUCCAUUAACGGAUGAGUGGAAAACAGCUUGAGGAAUGAUGCUGGAAAGUAUCAGUUCUGCUUAUUUGAUCAAAGUUAUCUGUGCUCUCCCUUGUCUCUGUGGCAUUUUAUUAAUAUAUUUUUCUUCUUUUUAAUUUAAAUGUUUUCAUCAAGAUGUGUUGGAUUUUAUGUUUUGUUUCUCUGUACUUCUAGUUUGAUGUUAUUUCCUGUUUUAUCCGAAUUUAAACAGUACAAAAUCUAAAAGCAUGCCCUUACACUAAAACAUUACAGAACUGAAGAAUAUUAGGGUAUAACAAAUCUUUUUGCAAUAUUUACCUCAUACAAUACUCUAUAAGUCAUUGCCAGAUGUUCUUUGUCUAAAGAAAAAAUGACUUAUUGCUAAAUGUCUAAUAUUAUUCCUACAUUGUAGCUUUAAUUCCAGUUGUCAGCAUCCCUUGCAAAUACUUGAACCACUGUUGUAGAGUUAUGAUUUGUUAAUUGUAACUCAGUGUCUAAAUGUUACACAAAGUUUACUAUGAAAGAAUAUGGUGCAAUGUGACAAUGAAAGCAGUGUGCUGGGAUUUUAGGAGGAUGGUAUUGGGGAAGAUGGUAUCACAUAGUUCCCUGGGAUCAGUCUCUGAUAGCAACCCUCUGCUCUGUAAACAGGGCUGAGCUAAGAUUAGCUCCCAUCCUGCCAUGGGGUUUCUGUUUGGCCCUGCCCAGUAAUAUCUGACCUACAUGGCAAUCCCAGAAAAUGUCCAAAGUGAACGGGAUCCCGUCCCUGGUGCACAACAGUACGCAUGGUAAGUGGUCAGAAUGUAGGGCAUGUCAAGAGAGCGCGCACUGAAAAAUAAAAAGCUUAACCAUUGAAAGUGAAUGUGAAAGAAAAUCGAAUGCAAAGACCUGUUUCAAAGAGUUUUAUACAAAGCACUAACUAAGAUGUCUAAACAUUUCUGAAAAUUAAUUCAAAUGUAAUAAAAAAUAUAUAUAAGCUCA